CGCAUCGCUGGCUGUGCGCUCCCCCGCCGAUUUCCGGGCCGCUUCCCUGAGCUUGCUCCGAUUGGAUUGGCAAUCCGGUUCCUCGCUCGCCGGUUGGAAGGAUGGCGGCGGCAGUGGCCUUUAUGGAGCGGGCGCUCGAGCAGGCGAAGUUCGCGCUGGAUAACCUCGAGGUCCCUGUAGGAUGUGUGAUUGUUGAGGAUGGGAAGUUGAUUUCUUCUGGUAGCAACAGGACGAAUGCCACUCGAAAUGCUACCAGACACGCUGAGAUGGAAGCCAUUGAUGUUCUGCUUCAGGAGUGGCAGAGGAUGGGUUUUGACCAGGCGCAGGUUGCGGAGAAAUUUGCAGGAUGCGACCUUUUUGUCACGUGUGAACCCUGUAUAAUGUGUGCAACGGCAUUGUCGAUACUUGGAAUAAGAGAAGUAUACUUUGGUUGCGCCAACGACAAAUUUGGAGGGUGCGGAUCAAUCAUGUCGCUGCACAAGGGCUCUACUUCAGAUGAUUUGUCAGGGAGCCAACCCCCUAAACCAAAAGGUUUCAAAUGCACUGGAGGGAUCAUGGCUGAAGAGGCAGUGGCACUUUUUAGGUGUUUCUAUGAGCAGGGAAACCCGAAUGCGCCAAGGCCUCACAGACCAGUACGAAUACCUCAACAGUGACUGGUUUGUUUAGCUGGACUACAAGCAUAACGCGGAGGAUCUGAGGAGCGCAGGCAUACAGACCUUGACUGUAAAAUUAGUUUAGGGUUCAUCACGUAGUUUACUGUUCAGCUUGUCUGUUAUUACUAAUGGAUACCGUCUUUUGUAGUCUGAAAGAGCACCCACAUUUGUUGAUUGCUGACACCCUGCAAAGUUUGGCACUUCAGAAAAGAUUUUUAUGACAGAAGAGUUUAUUGGUCUAUCCAAAAUCCAGCAUCAUGCAGCAAGAGAUCGUGUGAUCAUUUGUAACCUUGAAAGAAAUAUUUCAAUGUGAUGUAUGUACAAGACACAAUGCCAUGUUGUUCACUUGAUUCAUUAAACAGCAUGCUUUUCUUUU